CUUCUAUAAUAUAUAAUCAAAUAAACACAAGCAGCAUAUCCUUCCUUAAAAUCAUUCAUUUUCCCAUUUAAGAAAUAUGUCAUCAGCAGCAAAGAAUGUGAGAGUUCCAGUAAAGAUAGUGAUAAUCAACACACAAUAUAUAGAGACUGAUGCAAGCAGUUUCAAAUCAGUUGUUCAGAGACUUACAGGCAAGAAUUCGACUGUGGCGGUGGAGGCAGCAGCCGCUCUGCCUCCAGCUGCCACCUGCGGCGGCUGCCACGUCGCUAGUAAUUAUUGGGAUGAUCAGAAUGCUAGUGGUGGUGCUACUGGUCCAAGUUUGGGAAGAUUAAAGUCAUUUAAUGAUUUUGACAAGUUGUUUAAAGAGUUGCCUCCUUUGGAUGACCUUCUUCGACUUUAUGCAGAUGAAUUCGUACAUGCUUCCUAAAUUUCUCAUUAAUACAUACUAAAUGAUGUACUAAAACACUUAUGGAGUAUUAUUUAAUGAUUUUGACAAGUUGUUUAAA